UCACCGCCGGUCCGUGUUUACCGCGGUGCGGAACGGGAAGGGGAGAGGGACCCGGCACCGGGACCGGCACCGGGAGCGGCUCCGCGCCCCGCCACAGCGCCCGCACCGCCCCGGCACCGCUCCGGCCCGGCCAUGGGGCAGCGCGCCCGGGCGCGCCCCGGCUGAGCGCCCCGUCCGUCCGUCCGUCCGUCCCGUCCCGACCCGUCCCUUCCCGUCCCCCGCGAGGGGUCCCGCCCCGCGGACCUUGGCCGGGGAUGCUGGCGGGAUGUCGGGCGCCGGGGCGGCCGUGCUGGCCUGGGCGCUGCUGGCCGGGGCGCUGCUGCCCCCGCCGCCCGUCCGGCCCCAGCCCCUGCCCCACGGGGACCGCGAGGUGCACGAGAAGGAAGCGCAGUUCAACACCACCUACAGCGACUGGGUGCACGCCAACCUGCUCAACAUCUACGCCUUCAACCACAGCGUCCGCAGGAACAGGACCGAGGGCGUGCGGGUGUCGGUCAAUGUCCUCUCGGACCAGAAGGACCAGCCCGUCCUCUUCGUGGUGAGGCAGAAGGAGGCGGUGGUCUCCUUCCAGGUGCCGCUCAUCCUCCGGGGCCUGUACCAGCGGAAAUACGCGUACCAGGAGGUGAGCCGCACGCUCUGCCAGCCGCAGACCAAGGCCGAGGUGGAGACCCAGCACUUCUACGUGGAUGUCUCCACGCUCUCCCUCAACACCUCCUACCAGCUGCGGGUCACCCGCGUGGAGAACUUUGUGCUGCGGACCAAUGAAAGGUUCAGCUUCAAUGCCACGGCCGCCCAGCCGCAGUACUUCAAGUACGAGUUCCCCGAGGAAGUGGACUCGGUGAUCGUGAAGGUGACCUCAGCCAUGGCCUUCCCCUGCUCCGUCAUCUCCAUCCAGGACAUCCUGUGCCCCGUCUACGACCUGGACAACAACGUGGCCUUCAUCGGGAUGUACCAGACCAUGACGAAGAAGGCGGCCAUCACGGUGCAGAAGAAGGAUUUCCCCAGCCACAGCUUCUAUGUGGUGGUGGUGGUGAAGACGGAGGACGAGGCGUGCGGGGGGGCUCUGCCCUACUACCCCCUCUCCAAGAAUGCCUCUCCAGAUGAGCCUGUGGAUCAGCACAACCGGCAGAAGACCCUGGAGGUGAUGGUGUCACCUGCCAUCACCUCCGAGGCCUACGUGCGCAGUGUUCUCUUCUGCCUCGGCAUCUUCCUCUCCUUCUACAUCCUCACGCUGCUCAUCGCCUGCUGGGAGAGCUGCCGGCAGCACAAGAGGAAGGGGCUCCUGGCAGCCAUGGAUUCGCCCAGCCUGGACACAGCGUCACUCCUGGGUCACUCCCGCAGCAUCCCCGACUCCUUCCUGAACCACGGCCCCUACGACAGCUACGGUUACGGCUCCUUCGGGAACGGCUCCUCCAGCAGCACCGAGGGCAUCACAGACAGCCUGGGCUCAGCAGAAGUCUCCUACAGUUACGUGGGGGAGCGGUCCCUGGAGAACGUGGCCAGCCGGCCGCGCCUGGACUCGCUCAGCUCCGUGGAGGAGGAUGACUACGACACGCUGGCCGACAUCGACUAUGACAAGAACGUCAUCCGCACCAAGCAAUACCUGUGCGUGGCCGACCUGGCGCGUAAGGACAAGCGGGUGCUGCGGAAGAAGUACCAGAUUUAUUUCUGGAACAUCGCCACCAUCGCUGUCUUCUACGCCCUCCCUGUCAUCCAGCUCGUCAUCACCUACCAGACGGUGGUGAAUGUCACCGGCAACCAGGACAUCUGCUACUACAACUUCUUGUGCGCCCACCCGCUGGGGAACCUCAGCGCCUUCAACAACAUCCUGAGCAACCUGGGCUACGUGCUGCUGGGUUUGCUCUUCCUGCUGAUCAUCCUGCAGCGCGAGAUCAACUACAACCGCGCGCUGCUGCGCAACGACGCCCACGCCCUGGAGUGUGGCAUCCCCAAGCACUUUGGGCUCUUCUACGCCAUGGGCACCGCCCUCAUGAUGGAGGGGCUGCUCAGCGCCUGCUACCACGUCUGCCCCAACUACACCAACUUCCAGUUUGACACCUCCUUCAUGUACAUGAUCGCGGGGCUCUGCAUGCUGAAGCUCUACCAGAAGCGCCACCCGGACAUCAACGCCAGCGCCUACAGCGCCUACGCCUGCCUGGCCCUCGUCAUCUUCUUCUCCGUGGUGGGCGUGGUCUUUGGGAAGGGGAACACGGCCUUCUGGAUCGUCUUCUCCGUCAUCCACAUCGUGGCCACGCUGCUGCUGAGCACCCAGCUGUACUACAUGGGGCGCUGGAAGCUGGACUCGGGCAUCCUGCGCAGGAUCCUGCACGUGCUGUACACGGACUGCGUGCGGCAGUGCAGCGGGCCCAUGUACGUGGACCGAAUGGUGCUCCUGGUCAUGGGGAACAUCAUCAACUGGUCACUCGCUGCCUACGGCCUCAUUGUCCGCCCCAAUGAUUUUGCUUCCUACCUGCUGGCCAUCGGCAUCUGCAACCUCCUCCUCUACUUCGCCUUCUACAUUAUCAUGAAGCUCCGCAGUGGCGAGCGCAUCAAGCUCAUCCCCCUGCUCUGCAUCAUCAGCACCUCCGUGGUCUGGGGCUUCGCCCUCUUCUUCUUCUUCCAGGGGCUCAGCACCUGGCAGAAAACACCAGCUGAAUCCCGGGAGCACAACCGUGACUGCAUCCUGCUCGACUUCUUUGACGACCACGACAUCUGGCAUUUCCUCUCCUCCAUCGCCAUGUUCGGCUCCUUCCUGGUGCUGCUGACGCUGGAUGAUGACCUGGACUGUGUCCAGCGGGACAAGAUCUACGUUUUCUAGGAGCCUGCAGCCACCGCUGCCCUGGGACUGUGCCAAGCGCCCGGCUGCAGCCCCGGGAGGGGCACCCACCCCUGGGGAGGGAUGUCUGCGCUGCAGGUCCUGCCAGCCACUCUGUCCCCCUCCCCACACAGCCCUGGGGUCCUGGUUUGCCUCCUCCCCGUCAGCCGGGUCCCAUCCCUGGACCCGUCACAGCCAAAAACGGGGCUGGGGGGCCACCAGAGCAUCCGUCCUCUGUGUCAGGUGACACUGGAAAAGGUGCUGCUGCUGCUGCUCCGUGUCCGUGUGCCCGUGGGCACAGUGGGGGGACCGGGGCCAGCGCCGUGCCAGCAGCCCCGUGGCCCCCCGAGCACGUGGGUGUGGGUCUCUCUUCAGUGCCUGAGUCGAGUGGGUGGGAGGUCGGGGUGCGUGGGGCCAGCACGGUGGUGGCAGUGGCCGGAGAGGCCCCGCUCGUGUCCCCUCUGGUGUCCCAGGAGGGGUGGCCACAGUGGGCCCCGUCACUCCCCGCUGAGGUGCCGCGCUCCCCACGCGUGGAUCUGCUGGGAAGGGACUCGCAUUAAAGUGUCUGCACUUUG